UAUCUCCUAAAAGUGCAAUAUGGCGGGGCCGUGUAGUACAACUGACAACGGCAAAAAGAAAAAAGUUCGUUUAGGCUAGCAUCAUACACAUACUGUAGUUCCUGAGUUCUUGUAAAUGCAUACUCACGAAUUAUUGUUGCUGUAAUGUACGUUUUGUUAUCCUCUCUCCAGUAGGUGGCAGUAAUGUAUAUUCUAGCUGUUGACAACCACCAAUUGAUAUGUCAAAAGGAAAGACUUCUCGAUCGACGUAACGUUUAGUAAAAACAAGCUGUUCAUUUGCAACACGUGCGUUGCAAUGACUGCUGUUUUAUGACGGCAUGUAAAUAAUCCUAUGAAUCCUGUGUAAAUUAGUGUAUGAUGUAAAGCAGGGUUACUACAUGGUUAGCAAAGUUAGCAUGUUUGCGUUAGCUUAACAGAACCAUGGAUCCAUUGAGUGCAGUAGUAGACGAAGUGGCUUUGGAGGGACUGGACGGUAUCACUAUUCCCUCUCUUUGGAUUCGGUUAAUUGAUCGGCAGCCUACGUUCCCUCUAAAGAAUGACGACUGCACCAAAGAGCUAAUCUGGAAGUCGCUUGUCAACAACAGCGACUUGAAGUUUUACGAGCUUCCACAGGAAAGAGACGACGUUGUACUGACCGACAGGUUUGAAAACAUUGACCCAGAAACUGGAAUUGAAACAGCCCGGGAACAGUCUACCAAGAAGGACAUCUACCCCAUUCACGUUAUUCCAGAAAACAAAGAUGGCGUUCAGGGCUCUUGUGCCUUUUUCAAAGAGAGGAAAGAAAUCACGAAAGUCAUCCGCUCCAAGUCCUUCACACCUUUGGUUAAUUUGGAGGAAACACUUCAAAGAUAUGGUCGAAAGCUCGUUGUUGUGGCGUCCCAGAAUCUACGCUUCCGGACCCUGAUUGGUAGUGAGAGCGAUCCUGACUUGAAACUAAGUGACGAGUCUUUCUGUUUGUUGGAGAGAGUCGGACGAGCGCGCUGGCAAGGAGAGCUGCAGAGUGAACUACACGGACACUCCUUCAAGAGCGAUGCUCGUAGGUUGCACUACGUGAGAAAAGCUCUGGUCAAGCACGGACUCAUCAGCAUGCAGUCCCAUGUGAUGCGACACGUGUCAGGACAACAGCAACACUCCAUUCUUUUGCUGCUAAAUCGCUUUCACGUCAACAGGAGGAGUAAGUAUGACCUGCUGAUGGAGCAGGUGUCUCACAUCCUGGAGCAGCUGCCCAAUCAGUUUGUGUCUGUGCUGGCGAUCAAACAAAGGCUGAACUUGAGUGAAUCCACAAGCAAACGUCUCUUUGGUUACCUGCGUGUUGCAAAGUUUGCUGAGUUUUGUCAAGUCCCCUUAGAAGAAAUAGAACCCACUGCUAAACGCUUAGUAAGCAAAAAAGGGAAUGCAUUGCGUGUUCGCUGUUUGAAACUGUUGAAGCCUUAUUCCAAGAAGAGCGUUCCUGAACAGGAUGACGAUGAUGAUGAGGAGGAAGAGGAUUACUCUGCAACAGGAAAGAGAGCUUUUCCUUCAGAGGGCCGAGUCAUGGAGAGGGAUGUUCUGUCACAGGCCUAUCACUGUGUCGCGGCCUGUGGCACAAAGGGAAUCCCGCAGUCGGACAUUGGAUACAGAAUGAAUGUUGGAAAACUGGAGGCUCGGAUGUUCUGCCGACGGCUAGAACGGGACGGUUUAAUUAAGGGAUUCAUGGUGGAUGAGGGUCGACAGAGGACGACAAAAUUCAUCACUCACAAGUGUGUGGGUUUGAGUGAUCAGCUUCAGCUCUUUGUGAAGGAGCAGGAACUCAACAAACAACUGACUUCCUCUGCACCUCAGAAAUCAGAAACAACGGCGGUCAACCCCAGGGCAGCUCAGGCAGGAAAGGUAAAAAACAAAGGUCCUCCAGCCCAGAAAAGUCAGAACCUGAGUGGACCUGGACCUGGACCUGGAGCUGGACCUGGACAUGGAAAAGGAAGAGGUAGCGGUAGAGGAAAAGGAAGAGGUAGCUGUAGAGGUAGAGGAAGAGGAAAAGGAAGAGGAAGAAAGAGCAAAGAUGAUAAGGCAGCCUUGUUGCCUUGUGGUGACCAGGAAGUGAAAAUGGAAGAUGGUGUUUUGGAGGAAGAAAGAGAGAAAUCAGCAGAGGAAACAGGAAGUGUGACACAAACACAGCUUGGCACCCAGGAUGGUCAACUGACAGUAGCUGAGAGUGGCGCUCCACCCUGCAGUCAAACACAGAGCAGGUCGACAGCGCUAACUGCAAAUGAGGUGAAUGAGCGAUCUGACCGAACCCCCCCCGGUCCCUCUACACCUAUGUCUCCAUCUGUGGCCACGAACAACAGGGAACAAGAAAUCAACAUUGUUGUUUUACGUGAAGAACUUCAACAGAAGGGAACACGAAGGUCCAAAUGUAACGACUCUGAAAUGAGGUCUCAUGAGACGUACCGUUUGUUGAGGAGGAAAAACCUGAUCGUUGAAGCUAUUCGCAACUCCAAGAUCAUGGAGGGCUACUACCCGCUGCAGAAGAUGAUCAACGCCAGAGAAAAGCAGGACGGCGUUAACUCCAAGUGUUGUAAGAAAACCAUCGUACGUCUUGUUCACAGUCUGUCCAGAGAAGGUCUGCUGAAGAUGUACACAACCACCAUCAUACAGGAUGGAAUCACCAAGCAGGUGGACAUGAUCGUCCAUCCGUCUGUGCAGCCCAAUGAUGACAUUGUGCACAGACUUAUUGAGCAGAUUCGCUUCAAAAUCUCCAGCUCCUACACAGUGCUACGUAAACAGCAGGCGGAAGAAAAUCGCAGACAACAGCUGAAGGGGAACGAUGAAGUGGGACGACUUUCCAAAGGAGGAGAGAAGAGCAAGACUGGGAAAAAGGAAAGGAGCAAAACUGAUGACUUCAAGCCCAUUCCAGAACGAGGAUUUGGUAAAAGCUGGGGCUACCAGCCCAAGAUGCAUCGUUUACGUGUCACUCACAGCUUCCUGUGGUACCUGAUCUACGGACACCCAAACAAACUGGAGUGCUCUGACACUGACGCCGACUCCGAACCACUCACGCACCUACACAGUUGUGAUGAUGUGGUUAAAACCCCGGGGCAUGGUGAAGUGCAGGAUCCCAGGAGCCCAGAUGUGACAACGCUCGUCUGUGAAACCGCUGAAUCUAACGGGUCCAAAACGGAUCUGAACACAACUGAUGCUGAGGAGGGAACACAGGAGGAUCCAGCUACUGGUCCCCCACAGCCUGGGGUCAAAGUUAAUAACAACGAGGAAUCGUGGAAGAGCUUUAUUCCUCCUGUGCGCGUACGUAAAGGCUACGGCAGCGGCUGGGCCAUGUUGGCCGACGUGCUGCUCUGUCUGCCUCUGUCUGUCUUUGUCCAGGUCAUACAGAUCACCUACAAGGUUGAAGGUCUGGGAGAAUAUCUGAACGACCCUGUGAAGCAGCACUUCCUGAUCAGAGUCCUGCCCUCCAGACUCAGGAGGCAGCUGCUCUACAAACGGAAGUAUCUGUUCUCCUUUUAUGAGAACCUGCAGAAGUUGGUCUACAUGGGACUGCUGCAGUUUGGUCCUGUGGAAAAAUUCAAGGAGAAAGACCAGGUGUUCAUUUGUCUGAGACGAAACGCCUCCAUCAUCGACACCACCAGCUCUGAGCCUCACUACUGGCUGGUCACAGAGUCGGAGGACAAACCGUUUGAAACGCGCAGGUACACGUUCAAUACGUCCGAUGAUGUAGAAAACUACUGGUUUGACCUGAUGUGUGUGUGCCUGAACACACCGCUGGGAGUAAUCCGCUCCAAGAGAAAAUACUCCGACCACGACUCGGCUCCAUCCUUUGUCCCUGAUCGCCACGUGUUCGUGGGAUUGGCUUACCUGCUGAAGGGCAGCCGAGAAGUUUGUGACGAUGGCGCCAUACCAGGAGACCAUAGAGGAGCGGGGGGGCUACACUCAGAGUUCUUCGCUCAUCUUAAACGCAACUGGUUGUGGACUAGUCACCUUCUGUCCAACAAAGCAAGCCAGUAUUCAGCCAGGAUGAAGGAGGAGAAAGUCCGGCUCAAGAGUCUGCUCAGUAAAAAUGCUCUCAGAUUUGCCUUCACAGCUGGAGCUUCGACCACACCACGCUGUGUGACCUCCAAGCUCUCACUGGCAACAGAAAAUAUCCAGGUGAGGGUCGAAACUGCGUCCAGAAACAAGCAGGUCGUGGGCGGAAAAAAACAAAAAAGGAAAAGAAGCAAAAAGGAGGUUGUUCUUGUCCCACGCAAGAAAAAGAAAGAACCCAGGAAACGCCCUCCUGCCCAUGAUGAGGUGGACCACCAGGCUCUAAAAAUGAUGACCCGCCAAAGGGUCUACUGGACCAUACAGGAGGACUCCAUGUUGAUGCUCUGCAGUGUGGCCACACGUCUGAUCAACAGCAAGCUGAAGAGGCCUUUCGUACCGUACUGCAUCGUCAGAGACCUGCUCCAUGCAGAGUUUGAAAUGUCAAAUGACAAAACAUCCGUGGCCGUCGGGAGACGCACGCGGUACAUCCUGAAGAAUCCUCAGACGCUCCUGAACUACAGGGUCUGUCUGGCUGAGGUCUACCAGGACAAAGACCUGCUCCGUCAGUUGGAUGAGAACAAACCUCAGGAUCCCAAUAAAGCAGAGGAUUGUGCCACGGCGUUCUCUGCGUACGCCAAGCUUCUCAGGCAGAAGUUCAGUUCUGUCAUCGGCAGUUGUGACGUCAUCAUCCCUGACACAAAGCGUGAGCUGUUCUCCCGGUUCAAAGUCUCUGCCAUAGAGUGUAAAAAGCUUGUGUUGGGUUCAGAUGUGAUUAACAGCACAGAGGACAUUCACACCAUAGUGUUGCAUAACUUGAUUCAGAGCACGCUGGCCAUGACCAACAGUCAGAUGCAACUGUGCAGAUCGUUUCAGACGUUCCACAUGUACAGUAAGUACAACCAGGAUUUGCUUUGCCAUGUUUUCCUCGAGUGCAGACACAGGGGUCUGGUCAACCGUCGGCGCAUCAACAUGCCAAAUGGACCGAAGAAGAACCGGGGGCUGCCCAUCCUCCCCAUGUCCUACCAGAUGUCCCAGUCCUACUACAAGUGCUUCACGUGGCGCUUCCCUCGCUCACUGUGUUCGGAUUCUUUCCGCCUGUUAAAGAACCUUAUGGACAUCGGUAAGGGAGACACGCAGCCCGUCCUUACAUUUUACAAUGAAACUGAAAAAAGGUCGGCCAGUGGAGAGGAGGAGGUGAGGAGACCAAAGAAUAAGCAGCAACGAGAAGAGAAUGUUGAUGGAGCAGCAGCACGUGACCCAGACGUACGUCCAGAAGAGGCCGCCGCGGCUGCAAAACGCGGGGAGGAAGGAGACGUAGAUGUGGACGGUGAGGUGGACAAAGAUGAAGGCGGCCAUCGUAGGAAGAUGGACGAAAACCAGACAGAGACAGUUUCCAGAGAAGGUCUGUCAGGAGAAGACAAAGACUCAAAGACAGAAGAGGCUUUUUCUCAGAACCUUCCAGAUCUGUUGGACAUGAUGUUGAGGUUUCCAACAGAAGCUCCAGGAGGAUUCUGCAUGGCUGCUGUCAGCUUGAUGUCUGUGGGACUGCUCAACGUCUACUUGUCCAUUCCCAAACAGAUGGUGGUAGUGGACAGCAACCUGGUGGACAAGGACCUGGUCAAAAGCAUGACGCUGUUGGAGGAUGAUGAAGAUGAAGAUGAUGACAACGGCGAGGAGUGUGAAGGCCAGAAGAAACCAGAAAUCAAUGCUCAGCAGGCGUCACAUACCAAAUACCUGAUGAUGAAGGGAUACUGCUGCCCUGGCAUUGUAAAAAUACGCAACCUCAACACCAGCGACAACAUCGUGGUGGAGUCGUGCAACAUAAGGUUACAGCUGCGAAAAACGGCCGCUCACCGACUGUUCACCGUGGAGAACUCUGCACCACUGGACCUCACAAAGUGCGGCCCGUCCCUGCUUCCGUCCUCCCUCACAUGUUCAGUCAGCCUCUCCUCCCCCCCACAAAGCGUGGAGGAGAGUGUGGAGCAGAAAGGAUACACUCCCCAGGACACGGAGGCCUGUGCUCAGAUCAGGAGGAGCCUGGAUGAAGCUGCUCAGAGAGGCCUGUCUGUGGGGGAGCUGUACCAGAGCCACGCCCACCUGGAGCAGCCACAGUGUGGACGCAGCAGGAGCUUAGAGCAGUACCUGAAGGACUUGCAAGAAGUGAGACAGGUGUUAAAAGUUGGGGCUCUGGGCAUCAGGUACGUCCUGGUUCAGCACGCUGAGCCGUGGCUGCUGUCUGUUGGCUCCAAGUCUUCCUCCAAGCCACGAUUUUCACCUGACGGACUGCCUUUUCUGGUGAAGAAGCGGAGGAGAGAGAACUUACAAAAGACAGAGGAGCCGCCUUUCAAAAGAGCCGCUACUGAGGUAGACAAGGGUCCAGACGGACUGAAGGUUCCAGAGAAGUCGGGAGAUGUUCCAGGCAAGGAAGGAAUGGAAAAGGACAAGUAUUUGAACCAAGAGGAGAAGAAUAAGAAGGAAGGAGAGUCUGGACAGGAGAAGAGGACAAGACAGGAGGAAACAGAGCACGAGGAAGUGGGAGAGAUCCUGGCUGGUCACAGAGGAAGGAGACAGAGGACCAGAACCAGGAAAACCAGUGAUGUUGAUGAGGCUGAGUCUCCCCCUGCUGGUUCAUUUGACAUGGACGACGAUGUGAGUUUCAUCAGCCGCCCGUGGCGUCUGGUGGAUGGAAAACUGAACAAGAUGGUGUGUAAGGGCAUGAUGGAGGCAGUCCUGUAUCACAUCAUGUCCCAACCUGGUGUCACUCAGCAGUCACUGAUGGAGCAUUACAGGAAUGUGCUGCAACCCGUGGCUCUGCUGGAUCUAGUGGAGGCUCUCAUAGAGAUGGGGUGUGUGACCAGAAGAACUUUAGUGAAAACGCCUCGACCGUCACUCUUUGGCCGCGGUGUGACCCAGAACAGACUUGUGGACACUCAGAUGGUGGAGGAUCCAGAGACGGUGUUUUACGAGCCCACCAUCAGCUGCUGCCUGCAGCUCUGCCGCGCUCUGCCCAACGAACGAUGUUGGAACGAAUUUGUGCCUUGAAGGCAUCGUUUCCUCACGAGAGGAGGAAAAGAGUAGAGAGAGAGAAAUCACGGAUGAACAAAUGCAGAAUUACAUUUAAUUACUUUUUGACUGUUUUGUUUCUUAAAUAAUGUACAAUAAUAAUUGGAUCAGGUCUUAAACUUUGUAUUUGUUAUGAAUCAUGUUUACUUUUAUUAGACAAAUAAAAGUCCUGCAGCUGA